AUGUCGAGGGAGAGUCCCAUACAUGGGCACGACAGUCCUCGGCGAAGUGUAAUUCGCGGCAGCCGUCGUAACUCCAACGAUGAAUUUGCCGAGUCCUUCUCUCGUAUGCUCAUUCAGCGCGAUCAGGAGUUCAACGCACAGCAGGAUAAAGAUGCCGAGGAGUUGCAGUUACAGCUCGCUCAAGACCUCGAAGAAUCGAUCCAGAGGCACGAAGCUGUGCGCAUAUAUGCCAUUCGAACCUUGGAGCAAAGCAAACAGGAAUUGAAGAGACUGGAACAGGAGCGACUCGCGCAGGCUCAGCUGCAGCAGUCCCAAGAGGCUCAGCGCGCGAGAGAGCGAGAAGCUGAACUUAGGCGUCAACAGCUUGAAGCGGCUGAGCUGGCGCAGCAGGAAGAACGGAGGAAGCUGGAAGACGCAGAGAAACUCCGCAAGACCAAGGAGGUAACAGAGGCGUUGAGGAAGCAGCGCGAGGAGGCUGAGGCUGCUGCGCUCCAGAGUCAGCAGGCAGCUGCCACUGCCACGGCUGCUGCUGCUUCUACACCAACUCCGACGGUUUCUUGUCAGCAAAAUGGCACAUCGCCUCACCCCCCGGGGACCAACGCUGGGCAAGCACCCGCAAAAGUGACGCAACAGCUACAGGCGAACGUUUCAGCUCCCCCAACAACUUCUACUGGUCUCACUUCGACUGUUGAAGAGAGAGAUGCUCUACACCAGAAAUAUUUGGCAUUGCACAAGCGUUUGAAAAAUAUGCGUACUCUGGUAAAGACCUCUGGCCAGAGCAUACCUCGUGAAUGGAAGGAAAAGCGCCUGCAGAUCAAGAAAUUUCUAGGUCAGCUGGCCAAUGAAAAUGGGGACGGCAUGGCCCAGACAGAGAAACAAGCAGUCCGAGCGGCGAACCUACAGCGCCGCAAGGAUAUUUUGGCAAUACUACAAGGAGCUCAGUACGCACCAGGCCCAACUGUCGAUGCCAGAGAAUACAUCAUCAACCCUCAGUCGAACCUCUCCAGCCUCGAGCCGGCCUCCGCGCAGGUGCCACUUGUAUUCAUCUACCUCCUCAACAUGUGCGCCAAGGCGGCUAUAAAUACGAUUAAAAAAAGCGCAGUUGCCGUUACGGAGAGCGUUGGAAUCACAGUUGCAUUUGUAUUUGGCUCCGUUGACCUCCGCUUUUACGGUGAAUCGUUCAUCGACAUCCUCCUUGCCAAAUAUCAUUUUGUCUCCCCGCUUUUGUUUGGCAUAUACGGCCCAAUGAACACGGAGCGAGGCAGAUUACGACUCGGUUGGCCUUAUGGAGUUAAUGAGGAGGGCAAGCGCGAAUGGAUAAGUGAGAAAGAAUACUUUGAAGAGCAACAAUUUUUAGCAGUUGGUUGGGCUGCACUUACGCUACGAGAUUUCAAAAAGGCGAAGACGAGUAAUAACGCAUGUCCUCCGUGGAAUUACUGGAGGAGUGUUGCCAAUAUCAUCAACACCCCCCCGGAGCAAGUCACCAGAGCACAUUUUGUGGUGUUAAAGAACCUCCUGGAGAAUCAUGCUGAUAAAUUCAUCAAGUUCUACGGACAAGCCGCAACGGUUGCUCUGCGGACCGCAAUUCUCGCCUUCCCCAAUAAGCACGGCGAGAAGCAGUCGACGGAGAGGAAUGGCUUGGUAUUCUUGAAAGACGGCUUGCAAAGGCGAUUUGGCAUAGUGUUAUAG